UUGUUGUUAACUUUACAUGCGUAGAGUUUUCAGUCUUCUUUUUAUCUAUUUCUGUUAUUUACCCCAAUAUUUUCAAAAUAAUUUCCUAUAAAUCCGGGGAAAGGUGUGUGAGGUGGCGUUUGGUGAUAAGCGUGAGAAGAUGCUUGAAUUUCGACGAAGGCAGUUAGAAUGAAGGUUCAUCGCGGAGCUAUAAGGCCCUCAUGGAGGACUGAAGGUAUCAGAUUGUGAUUAUUGAGGGGACUAGAUGUUCAAUGGAUCUUCACUGCGAUCGAAGUCAAGAUACGGUACUGUGCUGGUGGAGUACAUUGCUUGGGGACGCGUUUUGUCGUGAGUUUGCUGCUUUAGCAGCUUGCGUAAUCUUGAAUUCCUCAGCUUCAGAUAUUUUAACUGAACUAUCACGUACGGCCUCGUUGUAUCUCAGGGGUUUCUGUACACUUUUAAGGGACCGCGACGCUGUGGUCAGCUGCUAUCACUGGCGCAUGAACAUAUGCAGAUUUGAUAGGAAAUGAUCUUAUCAAGGAAACAUGAGAGUUGGGGGUAUAGUCGCACGAUCUGAAUAGAUCUGUUCCAUGUAACAGAAGAAGAGAUUUAGAGGGAGUUUGAGGCGCAUCGGAGGCUUUUGCAUCGAGUGAUAUUGGAUACCUUGAAUGUUGGCCAUUUCCAUGCGGAAUGAUGCUUUGAAAAAUUGAAUGUGGAGGGGUUACAGUCGCGGUGGAGUUUCGAAGUAGAGCGGGGUUGGAAGGUGUAAUUAGUAGAAGUUUUUUCGGAAUUCGUUUCGGCUUCCAAGGUACAGCGAGUGUUAGGUCGAUAUACUUGAUUACUAGUGUAUUUCGUCGACCCAAAGCACAUUCACUGUUUAUUAUAGCCUACAGGAUUGGUGCCAAGUUAUUUGAAAAAUUUAUGAGCGUCUUCGGAUCUGUAAAUAGUCAUGGUGAAGUUUGCGAGGCAACUGGAAUUAUCGCUUAUACCUGAAUGGAAAGAUGCCUACGUUAAUUACAAAGCCCUCAAAAGGGACGUGCAAAGAGUCAAGGAAAAUCGUGCGCAGAGAAAUAUUCAUAGGUGUAACGAGUCCAUGGCGGGUACUGGAGCGAUCAGUCGAACGUUGACACGCAUGUCCACUUUUAAGCACAAUGUCGAAAACCAAGUCAAGGGUAAGGGUGCCAGCGGCAGGCUGUCAUUCCGCCACGGCGGAGCAGAGCCUUUGCGGCCCGAGGAUUUUCUUGUGGUGCACAGAAUACAAGAAAAUGAGGGCGGGCACUCUCAAUUUGAACAAUACCAGACGGAGUUGUUGAAUCCUCUUCAGCCUGACGAGCCAGACAUUCAGUUUUUCACGCGAUUGGAUGCGCAAUUGAAUAAGGUGAACCUCUUCUACAAAAAAAAAGAGGCACAAUAUAUUGCCCGCGCUAAGCGCCUGGAGCAGCAGCUAUUGACCUUAUUCCAAGUUCGGGAAGAACAUGAGCGGCAAAGGCAAAGGCUAGGACCCAAAGCAAAGGAUCAAGACAAAGAUGAUGAGGAAGAAGACCAUGACGACGAAGAGUUGGUAGAUAGUACUGAAUCGGAAGGGACCAAGGAAACGGAUGCGGGAUUAGCUGCCAUCGCCGGUCCGAAUUCUCAGAAAAGCUUCGACUCGUCAGAAAUGUUUCGCAAUGCCCCCUAUAAACCUGAGCAUCGCAGGUCUGGCUAUUUCAACCAAGCAGUAAACUGUGAUUGGAGUCCGUUUCGCUCUGUUAUGAACCACACGGCGGAUUUCAAUUCUCGCUCGCAGCCGGAUGUAAAGCUGACUAUCCAUAAGGAUGAGGGUGAGGACGAGGAAUCCGCUCAACGCUCCAAAUUUAGUUAUCUCUUUAAGGAGCCGAAGACUGUCAUCCAGGAUAUGAUUGACUUGAGCCUCAGCAAGAAGAAGAUUGCAACUUCUGAGAAAAUGCUUCGUAAAGCUUUUGUUGAGUUUUAUCGGGGGCUAAACCUUCUCAAAAGCUACAGCUCCUUGAAUCUGGUAGCUUUCGCUAAAAUUAUGAAGAAAUACGACAAGGCAGUGAAGCAAAGGCUAGGCUCUGUGUACCUAAAAGAGGUUGAGCGGUCCUAUUUUAUUACUUCCAACAAGAUAUCUAAAAUAAUGGUUAGAGUUGAGGAUAUCUUUACUCAAUCCUUUUCGUCACAAGAUCGUCAAAAAGCCAUGGCCCAAUUAAGGCCUCAGCGACAACAUUCUGAGCAUACGACUACAUUCUUUUUCGGUUUAUUUUCUGGCAUUUCUAUGUUAUUACUGGCCGUGUUUAUUGUAAUGCUACGCGCUUCUCCGAGAGUCGGACGUCUGGGAGACGUUAGAUAUAUGAACACCGUUUUUUAUGUGUUCAGCUCUCUUGCCCUGGUGCUGCUACAUUUGUACCUGUACGGUUGGAAUCUUUACACUUGGCGGCAAACUCGCAUCAACUAUCCUUUUAUUUUUGAGUUUAAACCGGGCACAGAGCUGGGAUACAGGCAGGUUUUAUGCGUUGCCAGUGGCUUUACAAGCUUGUUACUGGCAGCCAUGAACUCCCACUUGUAUAUUAGUACGAAAAGGGCACCUCGGUUCAAAGUAUCUGAAAUCAUUCCAUUGGCUGCAGUGUUGAUAUUUGUUACAGCUAUUUUUGCACCUGUCAACUUACUGUAUAGGUCUGCACGGAGAUUUUUCAUCCGAUGCUUUCAACAUCUCAUUCUUGCACCUUUUCGUAGGGUUGUAUUGGCCGAUUUUUUCUUGGGAGAUCAACUGACAAGCCAAGUCUUUUUGUUUCGAAAUAUUCAGUUCAUGUUGUGUUAUUAUUCGAGUAGUUCUUUCCUCGAUCGAGUGAAUGACAGAUGCGACACCAAAAAUCCCUUCAGUCAGUUAGUAUAUGUUUUCUCUAUGAUGCCUUACUGGUGGCGUUUUCUACAGUGCUUGAGAAGAUACCGAGACGAGGAAGACACAGAUCAGCUGUGGAAUGCUGGCAAGUACGCCUCCGCAUUAAUAGCUGUUCUGGUCAAAACUCGAUACGUGCAGAGAGGAACCGCAAUUUGGUUGGUUUUGUUCAUACUCUUUUCAUGUAUUGCCAUGCUUUACCAGCUCUACUGGGACCUUGUAAUUGAUUGGGGGCUACUUCAACCUCAUUCCCAGAACCCUUGGCUUCGCGACCAGGUCAUCUUGAAGAAGAAGUAUCUCUACUUUCUUUCUAUGAUUGUGAAUGCGGUGCUGAGAGUAGCCUGGCUCUCCUCAAUUCAAGGGUUUCAUCGAGCCAUCCCUGGGAUUGGAAAACCUGGUUGGGACGCUAUGUUUGCUGCUUUGGAAGUGAUUCGACGGGGUCAUUGGAACUUCUAUAGACUGGAGAACGAACAUCUGAACAACGUCGGAAAAUACAGGGCUGUCAAAAGUGUUCCACUUCCCUUCGACGAGUCUGAUGGUGGAACCGUUUUAUGAUAAUGCUCUUUCCUCCUGCAAAGCGAGGGUCCCUUGGCUCUGCACUAUUAGCUGCUCAUGCCUUCUGCAUUGGUCUAAUGAUUGUUUUUACUAGAUGCCACAGUGACUCAAAUUUCUGUCCAAAUCGUAAGGGUAUGCAAUGUUCAUUUUUGAAAUCCCAACAAUUUGGAAACCUUAUCCCCGAUGCGUACACCGCACCAAGCUCAUGCGGUGGUCAAUGAUAAAGCCCUCGCACGGUUGGUCGUCAAUUCAAUUCGAAGCUCGUGAUGGUAAUCCACUUUUCUAAAGUGCCACUUUGAUUGCUUCAUAACACAAUCACCUUGUCUACCACCAAGAGAUGUAUAAUCUGCCCCAUUAAUCCAAUCCAUUCGUAUUCAUUACGUCA